AGCUGCCUACCUAAAGGUCAUGGGUAAUGCAAAUAAAUGGGAUUGGCUUUGGCCAUCUCAAUUCAAACAAGACCAAUCAAAAGUAAUAUUAAUCAAUAGUAUGGAAAUUUGAGCGUAUAUGAAUGACUCAAAACAAAUAAAAACAACCGUGGAAAUAUUGUUCAUAUUAUCAAGGCAAAAAAACUGGGAAAGCUGUUCGUGUAACCUUAAUGGCCUCAUAGUUGUCCAGAUUUGUGCAUUUUUAUCCUAUGCAUUAGCAUGUUGAAAAUACUGUAUAUCAGUCAAACAUGAAAUAAAUUUAAGUACGCUUGCGAAAGAAUGUGCUUCCAAAAAUAUCUAUAAUGGCUAUUAUAGAGAGAGAGAGAGAAGGGAAACAUCUCAUAAAACGGAUGUGAAAAGGUCACAAUUAGAAUUGUUUAAAAUUUGAGUCUAGCUGUAGUUCACAGAUUGGACAGCUCACCAUACAGGAAAUGAAAUACUUUGAAAUGUCUCCUCUCAUCAGGGGUAAAUGCCAGUGACUAAUAUACCAGCAAUUAUAUAAUGAUGAUUUAUUAUUUUUGCACGUAUUGUGAUUAUUUUUCUCUAUGAGUCUCAAAAAUGGAUGAAAACAUGUAAACACAUUGUAACAAAAUGACAAAAACACAUCCACGAUGCGCUUGGAAUGGCAUUGCAAGGGAUUAACAAAAGAAUAUCCAAUACCUGCCCUGAUAUUUUUGUAAUCUCUUUAUUCUUUUAAACCAGAGGAAGGAGAGAAAAUUAGGCUACGUAAUUAGGAAAAGCAGCAUAUGCCCACAGGGACGCAGAAGAGCUGAAAUACAAACUGUGCUUCCAGUGGUUCAGCUUCUAUCUCUUUAAGAGGGAGAGAGAAAGCGAGGGAGAGAGAGCAUGUGUGGGGGAGGGGUAUUGGCUGGGGUGGAACAGUCCUGGGUUGAGCAGAAAUCUAGACACUGAGCAUCAUAUGGCCGGGAUGGAUAUGGGUUAAAUACAAAUAUUGGGAUAUACAAACCCUUCAGGGGAAGAUACAAAGGUAUUGGAGAGGAAUAUUUUGCCUUAUUUUUGUGACUCGGCACAGCAUCCUCUGAGGAAGAAAAAAAAGGCUUCACCUCCAGAUCGCAGCAGGAGCUUGGAGGGGAAGGAGAGAAGAAGGGAGAGAGAGAGGGAGGGAGAAAAAAGCAAAGCAAUGGAAGGAACACUGCUCCAGACCUAGAUGUAAAGAUCUCUCCACAACGCGCACCACAGAGAGACGCACGGCGAGAAGGAGAGGCCGAGGGAACGACAGAAGGAGAGAGAGACGGCAAGAGAGAGGAGCCGAGGGACUGAGGAGCGGAGAGGGAUCGAGAAGCUCACGAUCGGCGAGCUAGCGAGCCCACGGGUGGAGGGGCCCAAUGACGGAAGCGGCACUGGCGGCGCUGGUACAGUAGGCCCAGCCUCUCUCCCAGGGAACCGGGAGGAGAUGACAAUAACCAAGAUGCUCUGAGAGCCUCUCAACAUCUGAGAAUCUGGUUUCUUCAUUUUUGGGGAGGUUAUUUUUUGCUGUUGUGUAAAAAAUCUACGGCCUUUUUAAUUUCUUUUGGAAAGGAGAGAAUUUUCUCCCACCUCUACCCACAGUGGUCCCCACGCCUACCGUUUGUUAGUUACCUGUUUUUCUUUGACAUUCUGAGGAUUUGCCAAAACCUGUUUCAUGCAUGUCCACUGGAGGCAGGUUUGACUUUGAUGAUGGGGGGUCGUACUGUGGAGGGUGGGAGCAGGGCAAGGCCCACGGGCGGGGGGUCUGCACGGGUCCCCAGGGCCAGGGCGAGUACGCCGGGGCAUGGAGCCAUGGCUUCGAGGUCCUGGGGGUGUACACCUGGCCCAGCGGGAACAGUUACCAGGGCACCUGGGCACAGGGCAAGCGCCACGGCAUCGGCGUGGAAAGCAAAGGCAGGUGGGACUACCGGGGCGAGUGGACACAGGGAUUCAAAGGCCGUUAUGGGCAGCUGGAGAGCACAAGCAGCGGGGCGAAGUACGAGGGGACCUGGAGCAACGGUUUACAGGACGGAUAUGGCACUGAGACAUACUCCGAUGGAGGAACGUACCAAGGCCAGUGGCUGGGGGGGAUGCGUCACGGCUACGGCGUCCGACAAAGCGUGCCUUACGGCAUGGCGGCUGUCAUUCUCUCCCCUCUCCGCACCUCCAUAAACUCCCUGCGCUCGGAGCACAGCGAGGGCCCGUCGCUGGAUGACGGCAGCGCUGGUGGUGGGGUGGGUGGGGCGGCGGGCAGCCCUGUGGGCCGCGGGGGCUUCGUGCUGUCGGCGCAAGGCGACGCCGACCGGCAGCGCAAGCGCAAGGGCCGCUUCCGACAGUCCAUCCUGAGCGGCCUGAAGCUGCGGCGCUCCGAGUCCAAGAGCUCGCUGGCCAGCCAGCUCAGCAAGCAGAGCAGCUUCUGCAGCGAGGCCGGCAUGAGCACCGUCAGCUCAGCCGCCUCCGACAUCAACUCCAACGUCAGCCUGGGCGAGGUAGAGCUGGCCAACAGCGUGGAUGCCACCGUGACGGAGCUCUACGCCGGCGAGUGGCGCAACGACUGGCGCACGGGCUGGGGCGUGUGCCGGCGCUCAGACGGCCUGCGCUACGAGGGCGAGUGGCUGGCCAACAAGCGGCACGGCUACGGCUGCACCACAUUCCCCGACGGCACCAAGGAGGAGGGCAAGUACAAGCAGAACUCGCUGGUGAGCGGCAAGCGGAAGAACCUCAUCCCACUGCGGGCCAGCAAGAUCCGGGAGAAGGUGGACCGGGCUGUGGAGGCUGCCGAGAAGGCUGCCGACAUCGCCAAGCAGAAGGCGGAGAUAGCGCUGUCCAGGAUGAGCCACGCCAGAGGCAAGGCGGAGGCUGCUGAGGGCGUCGCACAGAGAGCCCUGGAGGAGUGCCGGCUAGCCAGGGUCAUUGCCAAAGAACUCUCUCCUUCCUUCAAUCACUACGGGAAUGGGCUGGAGUGCAAGAGGCCCAAGCGGCAGGAGAGGAAAGAGAAGGACAUCGAGGUCAUGUCCACGGGCACAGACAGCCCAGAGCUGUGCACGCCGGACACCACGCCGCCGGCCAUGACCCCCGACCGGAGCCCUGUCCUCAGCAGCCCCUCGUCGCCCCCCUGCAGCCCCCCUUCCCACCGCGCCCGAAACGCCUGCUUCAUGCGCCAGACUGCCGUCGACGAGCAGGGAGGCGCCGAGAUCCAGGUGCUGGUGGAAGGGAGGGGCGGCGUGGACCACCUGCGGGGCGGGGGAGGUAACGGGUGGACGGCCGACAUGUACCCGACGCGAAGGGGCAGCAAAGGGGAGAGCAGCCGCUCCACAACGCCCUCCCUGCUGGAGGAGGCCGAGCUGGUGCACAUGAACGGCCACGAGCAGACCAACGCCAACGCCAACCACAAGUCCAGAGAGAACGUCUCCUUUAAUCACAAGCCCGUCGUCGCUGAGCACUCGCCGUCCGAGAAGCUGUGGGAACACAACAACAAGCCGCCGUCCAAUCAGAAGGUCUGGAAGCACGUGUCGUCGUCGUCGUCGUCCAAUCACAGGUCCCGGCAGUACACGGGCUCCUCCAACCACCGCGAGUGGGAAAACUCAUCUUCCAACCACAAGUCCUGUGAGCGUGACUCUUCUUCUUCCAAACCACAGGUGCACAUAUACUCCCAUCACAAGGCUUUGGGCCACGGCUUGCCCAAUCACAAGAGCCACGAGCACGCAUCUUCCAAUCACAAGCCAAAGGAGUACAUCUCCACACAGCCACACAAGCCAAAAGAUCACGCCCCUUCCAACUACAACGCCCGCGAGCAUGCGCCCCCCUAUCGCAAGCCCCACGACCACAUCUACUGCAAUCACAAACCCAGCCAGCCCAUCUCCAACCACGUCAUGGGAAAACCUGCCUUGUCCGACUUCAAACCCAUAGACCCAGACAGAGACUGCUCGCCCGGGGGCUGGGCUGCGGACAACCCUGGUCAGUGGAGCCCCUCGCGCUCCCACCUGCUGAGCAAGGGAAGCGAAGAGAGGAUGGAUGACUACAGGGUGGAGAUGAGGCUCUCCCCACAGGACUCCUUCCCUCCUCAGCAGCAGCAGCAGCAGCAGCAGCACUUGGCCUCAGGCAACAACAACGAGUGCUCGGGUCUCAAAGGGCACAACUCACAGAGACUGCGGCUGAGGAACCACGAGACUAAAGACUGGGGUCUCUCGGCCCGGGAAGGGUCCAUGGACUCGGUACAAAUGCUGGACAGCCUGAAUGUAGGGGUGGAGCUGGAGGAGUGGCCACUGCACAGGGAUGUCACCCUCUCGCCACCUCUGACGUCAUCCCCUAUCACACUGGAACACGAGGGGGAGCAUCUAAACCUGGUCAAAUCAAACUCAGGCUCCAGCUCCAUUCUAGUGGUCAUGGUGAUUUUACUCAAUAUCGGGGUUGCCAUUUUAUUCAUUCACUUUUUCAUUUAACUUUCAUAUAUGGCCUGCAUUAAUGAUAUAAGCAUUGCCAUCAUUAAAUUGGACACGUUUUAGUUUUUAAGUCCACUUUGUUUUGGGACAGAGAUCAUAUUGGCUAAGCACUGCAUCCUCACAAGACGUAUUUAAGUAUUUCUGUCACUGUUCUGUUAGUUUUUAGUAGUCCUACUUUGUUUUCCUCUUCGCUCAUUAUAAAGGCCCAUGUAAGGUAUUUGUUUAAGCUUUGCGAUUAACUACAGACAUUUAGUUAAAAAAAAGAUAUUAGACCUAUACCUUAUUCUUUUGAACUUUUAAACUAUUAAUGAAAUGUUUAUUUAUUUUUUGAUUGAUUUUGAAUUUGUUAUUUAUUUUUUCGAGAGGAGAUUGGGGCCUGCUGAGCAAGCAAGAUAGAAUAGCAUAGUGAAGAUGGUCUCUUGUACAAAGACGUUGUAGCGCAUGUAAGCUGGUCAUGGGUUUAUAGCACAGGAUUUUGUUUAGCCAGGCCAAGACUACAUGAUCACAUUGCUUCAUCCAUUCCUCCUUCCAAACACAGAACAUGCAAAACCAACCACACACCCCAAAAAUACUAAGUGUAAGAAGUAUGAUCAACCGUUAUCUGAAAGGGCUUCAUCGUCAUACUCUGCAUUGCUAAAGGGAAAAAAAUGUAUAAAUGUAUGUUGUAUUUGGGUGAGUGCACACCAUUAUGCUCACGUCGUCACAUCCAAACACAAAUCCCCCGGAUCAUCAUCAAUAUUAUGAUGUUUUAGCACAAGCUCACCAGACAUUUUGUUGUACUCACCUCACAGAUAACACUGGCGCACCAUGGACACUAUAUAUGUUCCUCCCUACUUCCUUUCCUCUCUCUUUCUCUCUCUCUCUACACCCACUCACAAGAUACCCAGUUUCCCUGAGAACACACUCCACUCCACACAUACACACACCUCACCAUCCCAUAUCUCACAUGACACGACACACAACAGAACACUGCUGGUGACGUAUUCUGGCUCACGCUCUGUAAAGUUUGAGACUGUUAUCUUAUGACCACUGCUUUAAAAAAUAUAUUAUAUAUUACUCAACAGUUAGCAUCUUUUAACAGUUUGCAAGACAUCUUUGAAAAUGCUGAGUGCCUUUUUUACUUGAAAAAUCAUCCCAGCAAGCAGGCUUUGUUUAGGUGACAUCCUGAGGUCAUAGGCUGGGGCAUGGAACGAUCUGUCUCUAUCCCAAUACAUAUUUGAACUGAUAAAACUAGAAAAAGCUGUUUACUUUAGAGUUGGCUUAUUCAACCCGAUGAGCCUGAGGAGAUUUUUACAGCAUGUUUGUUAAGCCUGUUUUCUUCUGGUGUUACUCUGUGUGAAUUUCUGCCUGUCUCUCUAUCCAGCAACAUAGGCGACAAUAGGGACAACAGUGUAAAAAUGCCAGCUUACGUUUCUCAGUGGAACCUGACUGAAAUUAUCUGAAUUACUGAAUGAUAAAAAAAAAACUGCUACUGUAUAUUUUAUACUACUCACCCAGUGACAUCAUCAUGUUGUGAAAUCAUUGCAUGCCAAAGCAUGCCUUUUCUUACUCAAUGAUUUAUGAGGUUGUUUCCAAGUUAUGUGGAAAAUUAAUAAAAAUGUUUGAAGUUAAUGUC